AUUAAUUCCUCGUUAGUCUCAGGUUUGAUAGAAUCAUUGCCUGAGGUAUCUAUUGGGAUAAAUCAGGGCUAAAUUAAUGGGAACACCAGAGACAUCUCGAGAGCCUUGCCCUGACCGUAUCCUCGAUGAUAUCGGUGGUGCUUUUGGUAUGGGAGCUGUUGGAGGAUCUGCCUUUCAUUUCAUUAAAGGGACUUACAAUUCACCGAAAGGUAGUCGCUUUGUUGGAGGAACGCAAGCUGUGAGCAUGAACGCACCUCGUCUUGGAGGCAGUUUUGCUGUAUGGGGAGGUUUAUUCUCGACAUUUGACUGUUCCAUGGUGUACUUAAGGCAGAAGGAGGAUCCGUGGAACUCUAUCAUCGCUGGUGCUGCAACUGGAGGGUUUCUUGCGAUGCGACAGGGGGUUGGCGCGGCUUCAAGAUCAGCGGCUUUUGGAGGGGUUUUACUUGCUUUGAUUGAAGGAGCUGGGAUAAUGUUGAACAAGCUACUGGCUCAGCCUCAGAAUAUGAUGAUGGAGGAUCCCGGAAUGCAAGGAAUGCCUGGGAUGCCUCGAAUGCCCGGAAUGCCUGGGAUGCAAGGAAUGCAAGGAAUACAAGGAAUGCAAGGAAUGCAGAUGGGGCAGAUGCAGAAUCAAGCACAGAUGAUGUCAGAGAGUCAAAACCAGAGUACAGCUUCAUCAUCAUCAUCAUGGUUUGGAGGGCUUUUUGGUAAGAAAAAGGAGGAGGUGCAACCAGGCAGUGGAAGUAAAACAGAGGUGUUGGAGAGUUUUGAUGCUCCUCCGGUGCCAUCAUUUGAGUACAAGUAAGCAUAUGGGACUCUCUCUGUCAUUCAAUGGUUGGUUUGCGUACUGCCUCAACAAUCAACAGUUCCAUUCCGUCGUUUUUGGUGUAUCCUCGUUCUCCGCUGAAUUCUUCUUGUUCAUGGAAGAAUCAGCAUGCUAUGUCCUCUCUCCUUUCACUUAUGGUUAUGUUUCAAUGAGCUUAUGUACUCAAAAAUCUAGGAAUCUUAUCUUUGUGAAACCAUUCCACAGAUAUUGUUGGUUCUUAAAUAAUGUAGUUAUAGAUUU